AAGCGACAAAAAUGGCGGUGAAGCACCUUGGUGACUGUAGCCACCCCGCCAAUUAAUCGAACAAAGAAUAAAUACGCGCGACAUUUAACGAACACUGUUUGACAUCAGCGAGCGACUAAAAUCCACCAGAGCAGCGGCAGCCAUGUUUGUUGUCAUGUUCUAUCCCCGCGGCAAACUUACAAAGACGCUCGCCGGCAAGUAGCCAAUCACAGUCAGCCUCUCCGAAGCGAACUGCUCCGUGAUUGGCUACUUGCCGGUGAGCCGUCAAUCAGACAUUUAGCGGGAACAGAUCUCUGUAAAAACUGAUGGAACCUCGUCGCUAAUUUGUUCAAGUUCAGUCGCAUCUGGUCAGACUCCUCGUUGGUGUUGUUUCCACGUCUGAGUUAUGGCGUGUGUGCAGCAAGUGAGAUCCUCCCAGGAUACUCAGCUGUUGCCUAAUCAGGUUAUCACAGAGCAGCAGUCCUUGGUUGUUAUAAAGAAGCUUCUGGCUAUUGCGGUGUCUGGCAUCACAUACCUGCGGGGCCUUUUCCCGGAGAAAGCCUACGGGAACAAAUAUGUUGAUGAUCAGAAAGUGAUGAUCCUCAGAGAGGUGCGCAGCUGUCCUGGAGCCUCUCAGAUCGUCCAGUGGAUGCAAGGAUGUUUUGAGGCCAUCCAGCAGAGAUAUCUCCGGACAGUUAUCAUGUCUAUCUACACUGACCCAGAGAACCCCCAGAAAGUGACAGAGUUUUACCAGUUUAAGAUCCAGUACACUGCAAAAGGAGCACAGAUGGACUUUGAAAGCAACAACAACAAUAAAGUGUCGACCAUGACAUGUGGCGACACUAAGAAGGCCAGCGUCCUGCUGGUGAGGAAGCUCUACACUCUGAUGCAGAACCUGGGUCCUCUGCCAGAUAACGUCUGCCUCAACAUGAAGCUGUCUUACUACGAUGAUGUUACCCCUCAGGACUACCAGCCCCCAGGCUUCAAGGAGGCUGACGGUGACACCAUGGUAUUUGAGAGGGAGCCGGUCAAACUGACUAUGGGCGAGGUGGCCACCCCCUUCCACACUUUGAAGAUGGACAUGGCCACAGAGAGACAGAGGCUGGAGCAGGUGGAGGAGAGUGUUAAUGUGAUGGAGAAGUGGGUUCUGAAGAUGGAGGGGGAGGGCGUCCUUUCACAGAACCAUGUGAUUGAAGACGUGGAGAGACCUGACAACGAGAACACAGACUUGGAUAACACUGAAACCCAAAUGAGAUGUUGUGAGAAGAUGGAGAGUUGUGAAGAAAUCACAGAGAUGGACACUCUGGUGAAGAGGACCUCUGACAUGGAGGUGGGUGUGAAGAGGACCAGGAGUGGACGGAUCAUCAAGGCGGCCACGAAGACAAACUUAAUCAUCAACAACAAGCCGACAGCUAUGAAGAACAGAAUGGUCUCUCAAUAUGACAUUCCCAACAGCCAGGAAACACCAUCCAUCCCCAUGCCUAAGAGCAAACGCAAAUUCAGUGAGCCCAAAGAACACUAUUGACCUCCCAGCCCACUGCUCACACAGCAGCACGGCUGUAUUGAUUUACACUGAUGUUUUUUAAAGUUUGAUUACAGGUUAUGUGGUUGUUUUUUUAAAGAGAAUUCCUUGUUUCACACUUGUGAUGAAACAUCACUAAAAAGUUCAUUUGAAUGAAAUACAGAUGUGUUAAUAGGAUGUAUUAUAAUUUAGCUAUGAAAUUUGAAUAAUCAUUUAUAGAACUGUUUGUUAAUGGUUGUGUCUGGUUUUUUUGUACAAUUCUGUUGCUUGUGUACAAAGCAGCACUGAAAAUAUUGAA